AUGGAGAAUCCGCGGGUCCCUGAAACGAUUCCAUCACCUUCAGCGGACCCUCAUCCAAUUCCUUCGACAAUCUCUCAAAUUGAUCUGCUGAAGAUCAUGUCUCAACAACAAGAGGCCGCUGAGCGUCAACAACAGCAACUUCUUCAGCUGCUUCUUGAUCAACAAGAGCAGCGAAAAAGAGAACAGGAACAACGAGAAAGGGAAAUUGCCUCUCAGUUGGAACAGCGCAGGCUUGAUAGAGAAGCUCAAGAACGAUCCGAGACCAGUCUGCAUGAACUGUUUCGGACGACUGUGGCAGCUCUUCAGGCUGUUCAUCAGGUGAAUGGCUCAGGAGAACCGGCUGUCACCACACGAGGUUCCAGAGUCGUUACUCCGCUUCCCUCUCCUGUUCCCUCUCCUGUUUCCGUUCCCGCUGUUCGACAGGUCCAACAUCCAGGACAGUUCCAGGAUGUACGAGACUCAAGGUCUGUGCCUUUUAGUAGGGGAAUAGAUGAAUCCCCAAUUGGUAGAGUAACAGUUAAUAAUGAGAACCGCCAAUUUUCGAUGGAAAGAUUCCAUGGGCAGAUUAUGAACGUCAGUUUAAUACAAUUGCUAAACAUAACCAGUGGGACUCCGCCAUAA